AUGAAGAAUGGGUCUCGGCGACUGGUUCAGCCUUUCGAGCACCACAUUAAUCAGCUCGACUGGAUCGGUUGGGGUCUCUUUGGCUUGGACGCCAUUUUGAAGAAUGACCCAAUUGCAGCGGUCACACCGAUGCGCAAUGGACACGGUGGCAUGAACCCGCUGCUUUCCAUCAUUCGGCUACGCCAUUGUGUCUCUUCAACUGAAGUCUACGACUAUAGUCGCAAAGCAAGAGCACGUACAUACACUCCUGUUUUUCGAGAAGUUGGCGGCGCUAGUGAUAACCCCUUCCGGAGUCAGUCGCGUGUGGUGCGAAUGACUUCUACACUGCGGAUUGUUGCUAAAGCUAUUCAAGAGGACGCAUCGGUUCGAGGUGAAAGCAAGUGCCUCACUGAGAUGACCCGCCCCGUGUCGGUUUGGGCACCAGUAGCAUUCUUUUUACCAAAGCCUGCUAGCUUUAGUUCACGUAAUUCAAUUCUGCUGGUCAUGAUGCUCGUGGGUGGAAGGCGAGUUAAGUUCGGAUCUGGAGCUACGUUAGAGCUGUGGGACGUGGAUGGAGGAGUGGCGGGAUAUGAGGACAACACAGGGCUCGGGUCCAUUAACGCUUCGCGCUGA